CAUCCGUUUGUUGUCAAAUCAGCUGCUGUACACAAAUAAUCUCCCAAAAAGGCUUUAAUUAGUAACAGUGGCACCAAACGGCCUAAAAUGCGUCCAAUUAGUGCGCUUCGCGCGUUCGCCUAAGUGCGUCAGUGUCGUGCGUCCGCUUGGCCCAACUGCCUAACCCCGAAAAAACUUUGAAAAAUGCGUGAUUCACCCAAUUUGUGAGCCUUCGAUUAUGUUAUGUGCACUCCCUGGUGCCCGGACGUCCGGCCCCCGACGCCUGGUUGUCUGUCGCCAUGACAACGUGAGAUGAUAGCGCCGGCGACGAUGGAGUUGGAACGGUGAUGGGAGAUGGACAAAAGCGCCGAAGAAAUCGAACAAAUCAAUUGUGAUAAUACUGCCAGUCCUGAAGACGCCAAUUGCCAGUUCCUCAAGUGCAAUGUCGGGAAGGAGAAGCAGCCGAUCUACGUGGAGGCCGUCGACGAGGAGCCGCAGAACAGGCACGAGGUGCUCAAGAGGACGAGGAAUGGGGGCGACAGGAUUUUCGCCAACCAGAACGAGGACGGGACCUGGCUGCUGCGCUGGGACGUGGGGUGCCAGAAGGAGGGCGAUUUUGUCGCGUUGUGCUACCAAGAUAGCAGCAGCGCGGAAGAGUGCCUGGCUCGGCAAAAGGUGUCCGGUCAGGAGUCGAGCACCAUGUGGCUCCACUGGCACCUCGAUAUCCCCCCUCACAAUGACUGUGAAAAACUGCUGUGUUUCCGUUAUUACGACGGCUCUACUUUAGAUUAUUUAGCACAGACCGACUCUCUGAUAAUAAAACAUCCAACUGACAAAUUAAAAAAACUGAUAAAAGUGAAACAAAAACACAAGUGUAAUGGUAUCGAAAACAACGCGUUCCAGGACGAAUCCGAGAUUCCGACUUUGAAAAGUUCAAACUCACUCGAAGAUUUGAACACUGGAGUGAAGAAAAAGGCGGUGAACGGGUUAGUGCGUUCGGAGAGUACAAAUAUGGGCGGUACGAAGAAAAAGAUUCGCUCCAAAUUGAACCAGAAGAGUCCGAACAAGGAGUAUUAUCAGAUUUGGACGGCUUACAGUAAUUCGAGUGCCAAAGACGAGGAGGAGGCGUGCAGUUUUGAUUUGGGGGCGGGGUCGGCGCCGCCUUUACCGCCCAGGACCAAUCACAGGCCAUUGGAGCGCUCACAUGCGCUCGUGGCCCCGCCCCCCGCCGUACUUCGGCAAAACAAACCGAAGAAAAUGCAAAAACCUGAAGAUACCUUCAAUUUCGAACUAAUCGACACCGAUGAAGAUUACAAGACGUCGUCAGCGGCGUCGUCAGCGUCUGACGACGCCACCUUGUCCACGUGUAAAAUCAAAGCUGCCUUUCUCGAAAACGGGAAAAAAUUAAUCGGGAGUGACAAUUACAUAACCACGGUCCUAUCGAAAAAUUUAGACACUAAUUCUAGUCCCAAAGCAAAUGCUCAUUUAAAUUUAGAACCUAAAGAUAGUCAAAGUUCAGUCUCGACUCAAAGUAGUAGUUCGCUUGAUGGUGAUAAUAAUCCAGAGUUGGUCUUGAAACCGCACAAGCCCCUCACUCGCCAACUCCCCGAAGACACGCCCGACACCCCCGUCCACAAACCGCGCCCUAAAGCACUAGAUCGCGUUGCGGGAUUGGCUGGUGCGCUGCCCGUGUGCCCGCCCACGCCCACUCACCGCUCGCGGAAACCACGCAACGCCGAAUUGAGACCGCCCACGCUCAAAUCGAGCGAAUCGUCGCUGGAAGGGGCGGAGAAUGCGGCGGGGCUGGAAGUGAAACAGGCGGAUGUUAGGCCCUUGGAAAGUCUAGAGGGGUGGAGCGAGGCUAAACCGGCCAAAGACAAUCCCAGAUUGAGUCUUAUCGCGUUGUCCGAAUUGAGGAAUGUUGAUAGGAGGAGUCCGGAAGUGAGGAGUCAUGAUUUGGUGAGGGCGGAGGCUAGUGGAGGGAUGCCGUUGACGUUGCAGAGAUUGAGCACGACGCGGUUACCCUCCAUUCCGGAAAGGAGUCACCGGAUUUUGACCGUGGCCGAAAUUCCGGGCGAGCACGAAGAGCCCUUGCCUCCUUCGUGGGAGGCGAGGAUGGAUAGCCACGGCCGCGUCUUUUACAUCGACCAUGCGACUCGGACGACGUCCUGGACCCGUCCUGGGGGCAACAGUAGUUCAAUUUUGGGUAGUGGUGGCGCUGAACAACAGCGCCGCCAACUGGAUCGAAGAUACCAAAGUAUCAGACGAACAAUAAGUUCGAAUCGAUUGGUGGAUGUGAUGGAUUUUUCAGCCGCCCCUCCUGGGUGUCGUCUCUUGACACGGCCUGAUUUUUUUACGAUUUUACACAUGAAUCAGGAUGCCUUAUCUUUAUACAAUCGAAACCCUACACUUAAGCAUAUGAUCGUGAAAAUUCGGCGCGAUCCGGCCGUUUUCGACAAAUACCAACACAAUAAAGAACUAGUCGCUUUAGUGAAUAUGUUUGCCGACACUUCCAGUGAUUUACCGGAGGGUUGGGAUACGAAGAAAGACAGAAAUGCAAAGCAAUUUUUCAUCGAUCACACGCACAAAAAAACCACUUAUAUGGACCCGAGAGUGCCGACGGAACCGAUUUCGUAUUCGCGCCGAAUGUCGGAAGAUGGACAGGUUCCUGUCCCUCCACCGAGACCUACAACUACAACGAGCUUCGUUUCGACGAAUGUGCCCGAAGUACCGGUGGCUUACAACGAUAAAGUGGUGGCCUUUUUGAGACAGCCUAAUAUUUUCGAUAUUUUACGCGAAAGACAUUCGCCGAUUGGAACAAGUUUGUCGCUGAGAGAUAAAGUGAAUGCAGUGAGGGUUGACGGAACGACAGCUCUGGAUAGGUUGAGUCAUGAUGUUCACCUGACAAUUCUUUUAAGCCUCUUCGAGCAGGAGAUUAUGUCGUAUGUCCCUGCGGUGGACUCGCGCAGCACUGCACGCAGUCCUCGGGGGUCGCCCCAGCCCUCGCCCAUCGCCUCGCCCGGACUGAGCCGCCACCGCGUCCCUGCGCCCCACAAGCGCGAUUUCGAGGCCAAAUUGAGGAAUUUCUACCGGAAGUUGGAGAGUAAGGGCUACGGUCAAGGGCCCGGCAAAUUUAAGUUGCACAUCCGGCGCGAGCAUCUGCUCGAAGACGCCUUCAGGAGGAUUAUGUCCGCGAAUAAGAAAGAGUUGCAGAAGGGGAAGUUGUGCGUGGUCUGGGAUAAUGAGGAGGGACUGGACUAUGGGGGCCCCAGUCGGGAAUUUUUCUUCUUGCUUUCAAGGGAAUUGUUUAAUCCCUAUUAUGGACUUUUCGAGUAUUCAGCCAAUGAUACUUACACCGUGCAGAUCUCCCCCAUGUCGGCGUUCGUCGACAAUUACCAUGACUGGUUUAGGUUUAGUGGUAGAGUCCUAGGUUUAGCCCUCGUCCAUCAGUACCUCCUGGACGCGUUUUUCACCCGUCCCUUCUACAAGGCGCUGCUGCGCCUCCCGGUGGCCCUCUCGGACCUCGAAAGUCUCGAUUUUGAGUUCCACCAGUCCCUGCAAUGGAUCCGCGAGCACGACGUCUCCAUGCAGGGGGAGCUCGAGCUGACCUUCGCCGUCACGGAGGAGGUCUUCGGCCAGGUGUUGGAGCGCGAACUCAAACCUGGCGGCCGAAAUGUCCCAGUGACAGAGAAGAAUAAAAAAGAGUAUUUGGAGAGGAUCGUGCGCUGGCGGCUCGAGCGCGGCGUCUCCGAGCAAACCGAAUCCCUAGUGAGAGGCUUCUAUGAAGUCGUCGACCCAAGACUGGUGAGCGUCUUCGACGCUCGAGAACUAGAGUUAGUGAUCGCUGGCACCGCCGAAAUCGACCUGGCGGACUGGAGACAGAACACGGAGUACCGCGGGGGCUACCAUGACCAGCACCCGGUGGUGGUUUGGUUCUGGCAGGCGAUUGAAAGGUUUAGCAACGAGCAGCGACUGCGACUGCUGCAGUUCGUGACGGGGACGUCGAGCAUCCCCUUCGAGGGCUUCUCGGCUUUGAGGGGCUCCAUUGGCCCCCGGAAGUUCUGCAUCGAGAAGUGGGGCAAGCCAAAUAGUCUUCCAAGGGCCCACACGUGUUUCAAUAGGUUAGAUUUGCCCCCUUAUCCCACGUCGGAGGUUUUGUACGAGAAGUUAUUGUUGGCUGUUGAGGAAACGAAUACUUUCGGGAUUGAGUAGUUACUUAAUUGGGGACUUGAGGACUGGCUGGAGGGUUAAUUGUUGUUCCUUGCGCCGUUUAGAGCCAGUGUUGAGUUUGCUGCUGAUAGCUGGUGUAUUGUUCACGCCACAGCCUCCUAUGAACCGAAAAAUUGGAAAGUGACGUUACGUUCAAAUGGAGGAGGCCGUGGUUCAGUUUACUUACCAAAUAAUUUGUACAUUUUCUGUCGCAUUUCUAAUGUAAAUAAUAUUUAUUUGUCUAGAAUCUGAUUAGUUGUAUGGGUUUCUUUAGUCAUUUGUGGAUAAAACUGUUUUUAUUUAUGUAAUUUAUUGACGAGUUUUAAUAAGUGUUUCGUUGCUAGUUACCACAUAAGAUUAAUCAUUUUUAUGAAUCUGAAAUACGAAAAGUUGUGAUUUAUGUAAUUCUAGUCAGUUAUCAUUAUUCUGGAUUCUUUUAAAUGCACAAAAUGUUUUAUAUUAAGGUUUAAAUAUGCCAACGUUCUAGAUUAUAAUUGUUUGUGUAUUGGUAUAAAUAUAUGAGCUAAAUUUGUAACAUUCCAAGAAAAUACAUAUUUGUUACACAUUU